AUGGCAGCCAGCCCCGAGAUCCUCGUACACGUUGGAGCUCCCAGUGCGGUGAGUGACGAUGCUGGAUACCGCGCUCUUGUCGAGGCAUGCCUAGCCUUUGAGCCCGUGUCGCGUCAAUCCGCUUUCUGUCUACAGGAUAAUAACGAUCGAGGCGACCUUGAGGUCAGCGUGGAUAUAUUGCGUUCGUUCGCGUCAUUGUCUUCAUCAUCGGGUGAUCAACCAUCAUUUUCCGCUCAUCACCAUGAGACGGUUUCGGCCAACUCGGGCGAUGACCUGAAUGGCUUAGUAACAUCAGAUACGUUCGAGAAAUUGGAGCCUGCGCAACAUGUUGAAACAAGGCUUGCAUCGCCUGGGAACACCUCGCAGCUCGUUGGCCAACCCCUUCCUUCUAUCUCAACAGAAGAAGAGAGCGAGCUCUCCUUUCAACCUCUAGUCCCGCUCUCGUCGCAAACUGGAACUGGAAACACGCCGAAUUCGCCUGAAUAUUUGGAAUCUGCAAGUAUCAGCGCUGAAGGACUCGGAGCCGAGCAUAUUCACAACGGGCCAUCUACAUGGGAGACGCCAUUGGACGUUAUACCGGAUUCACAGCAAGAUGAACAAGCCGAUCAGACGACUGUCGAUGAUUCAAUUCAAGUUGAUCGCUCAUUUGUCCCUGAUUCCGCCCGCCAAUCCAAGAAGUACACCUUUGACAGCACUGAAUACGAUCCGGAUAAUGAUAUUACACGAAUACCCUCCUCAGUGCCGAGUGCGAGCCCAAAAGAGUUGUCAGCUAAUAUUCAAGCUCAUAUGACGUCUGGCUCUCCACUAAGGGAGAAGUCUUCAAAUCUACCAACCAUACAAGCGAAUCCAUCCAUUUCUGCGAGCGUUCUUGGAAAAAGAAAAGCCAUCACAACUGGCGGCAGUUCUCAAGACUCUCAUAUUGGAGACGCAAAGGCGCAAGCCUCCGCCAAAUCGCGGCCCAACAAACGUCCAACACUUCCCCAGGCCACCGGAACGAUAUCUCUAGACAACCUCCCCAUCGAAAUCCGCGCGCCCCAUCCACCAGUGUCCAACGACAAAUUCCGCACACAUAUCACACCUACGCUGGAGACUCUAGCAGAACGCAUGAAACAAUCGUCACGAUUCACGCCCAAAUCACAGAACCGCGAGCUACGUCCUCUAGAAAGGGGAUAUUGGUUCCUCCCAUGCAUUACGAUCGUGCCGGACGCUAGCAAUAAUCCAACUUCUACCUCAAGGAAUCCGAGCAUCCACACAAAUGCGCAAAUCUGGACGCAAACGUUUUUCUCUCAAUUCUGGUCCUUUCUUCGCGAUUUCUUCACCGAAGGCCGUGCUGGAUGGGGAAUAUGGUGUCUCCUCGAGCAGGAUUCAUCGGUUACUUCCACCGGGGAACCCAAAAUUGUGACCUUGAAGCUGUAUACAUGGGGUGAAGUGGCGCCUCAUCUAUAUUUGUUACUUUUCCUGGCUACAGAAAGACGAAUCAAAAAGAUGAAGGGUGUUGUGUGGAGGGAUGCGACGGAUGAAGAUGUUAUAAUCAUGUCAUAA